AGAUGGCCACGCUGAGUGUAAAGCCAGGACAGCGGUUCACCUUGCCGGAGUGGCACACCAACUCCCAUCUCAUCUCAGCUGACGCCGAACGCCAGCGUUCUGCUUCCCACCAAGUCCGGCAGGAAGCCCGAGCUCUCCGCAACGAAACCAACAACCAGACGAAAUGGGAUGAGCAUGACAACCGAACCCGCCUGGCUGAACGUAUCAGCAGCGUGAACAGAUGGAAAGAGGCGCUGGACAAAUGCCUUGCAGACAUAGAUGCGGAAAUCGAUGCCUUAGCCAAAGUGAAGGAAGCAGCAGAACGUGCCCUCCAGGCAAAGAACUUGCCUUUGGACGUUUCCAUCGAGUGCCUGACGCUCCGCGAGAGCCGCCGCGCCAUCGAUGUGGUGAGGGACCCUGUGGAGGAGGAGCUGCACAAGGAGGUGAAGGUGAUAGACAAAGCCAAGAGAGAACUGCAGCAGAGAGUGCACGAAGCCUUCGAACAGCUCUGCCUCUUGCAGGAAGCUCGCCAGCAGCUGAGCUGUGACCACCGGUGCAAGAUGGAAGCACUGGAAAUAGAUCGUGUGUGCUUGUCCCUCAACGUGAACUCUCCCAACAUCUCCUUCAAGGUCAACCCGACACGAGUCCCAGGCGGAUCAACUGGGCUUGAUGAGUGGGAACAGAAUAGCCAAUGCAACAAGGAGCGUGCUGAGGCAGAAAUGAAAGCCUCCACUGGCCUCCGAGAAGCAACAGCGCUUGCUAUUGCACAGACUAACAACGAGCUGGAGGCUCAGCGUGUAGCUACGGAGUUUGCCCUGCGCAAGAGGAUCAGAGACCUGGAAAGAGCCUACGAUGAGCUGAAGUGGCAGGAGCAGAAUACCUUGGAGGAAAUUGCAGAGAUGGAGGAGGACAUCCGACGCUUGGAGGAAGAUCUUCGGAGGAAAACACAAGAUCUGAAAGUGGCACACACCCGCCUGGAGACCCGCACGUACCGGCCCAAUAUGGAGCUCUGUCGGGAUCAGGUCCAGUACGGGCUAACAGACGAGGUCCACCAGCUGGAGGGAACAAGCCGUGUGCUCAGACAGAAGCUGGCAGAGUCACAGGAUACCUUGGAUGCUCUUUACAGACAACUUCACCGCAUUCAGACAGAUAUUGGCUACAAAGCCAGUUCCCUGGUGCUGGACAACAAGUGCAUGGACACCCGGAGAAAACUCGUUGUCCCUGCCGAGAAAUUUGUGCCAGAGGUCGACACUUUCAACCGGACCAUGAACCGCGUGCUCUCCCCGCUGAAGAACGGGCAGCUGGAGUUGGCGUAG